AUGGGCUCAAUCGAAUCGCCUCCAUCUACUGUACUGGAUGUGGUCAUCGUCGGUGCUGGCCCUGUCGGCCUGGCACUAGCACUAGAUCUGGGAAAACGAGGCAUCCACACAACAGUCUUCGAACGCAAGCCAGCCACAUCCUCUCAAAUCGAAGCCAAAGCAAGCGUCAUCAAUGAACGUACAAUGGAGUAUCUUCGUCGCCUUGGCUGCGCGCACGAAGUAGCCGACUCGGGAUAUCCUCACGACUUACCGGGAGAUACGGUAUUCUGCACUGCUCUGCACGACAAGUACAUCGGAAGAUUGGAAAUGGCUUCCGCAAAUGAGCGGGAGUUACCAGAGCAGAGCACUGAGAUGCUUCAGCGGUGUCCUCAGUGUUGGUUUGAUCCGAUCCUGGCUCGUGCAGUCGUGAGGCAGAAAAUGACAGAUAUGAGAUAUGGCAUGGAGGCCUUUGGGUGCACUCAGGACGAAGAAGUUGUCACGUUAACUGUCAAGAACGUUGGCACAGGAGCUACUGAAGAAGUCAAGACCAAGUACCUGGUGGCUUGCGAUGGCCCUGGAAGCACAAUCCGCAAAUCCUUGAAUAUUACCUUUCAAGGGAAGGAUCUCGGACUCAUGCUCAGCUCGAUCAUCGAGAUCGAUAUCAACAGCAAUCCACCAUUCGGCAGAGCAGCCGAGCGGUACAUGUUUGUUGGUCCUGAGGGCACAUGGUCAAACUUUACAACCAUAGACGGUGACAGACUCUGGCGCUUCGCUGUUGCAGGAGUGAAGGAGAGGAUCGAUCCCACCACAUUCGACAUCAAACCUUACGUGAAAAAGGCCCUCGGCCGCGACGAUGUUGAGUUCGAAGUCAAACACGUCCUGCAGUGGCGUCGCAGCCAAUUCCUUGCCGACAGGUACAAUUCAGGACGAAUCUUCCUUGCCGGAGACUCCGCCCACACCAUGAGUCCCACAGGAGGGCACGGAAUGAACACAGGAAUGGGGGAUGCAUCAGACCUUAGUUGGAUCCUGCAUGCACUGCUCAAGGGCUGGGGAGGCUCCAACCUUAUUCAAGCCUACGAAGCAGAGCGUCGGCCCAUUGCACUGCGAAAUGGCCAGACCUCAACCAAGAAUUUCGCUAUCUGGCAGACGGGCAAGGAAAAGAUAUUGGAGGAUACACCUGAGGGUGACGAUCAGCGACGAAUGACGGGCGAAAAUAUGGCGGGGAAUAUGCGCCAAGAAUUCCAAAGUCUGGGCCUGGCCCUUGGCUACAGCUACGCCGAUUCACCUAUCGUAGUCGCAGAUGGCUCUGCCGCUCCAAAAGACGACCCAGAAGAGUACAUCCAGACCGCCCGACCAGGCCAUCGUGCACCUCACCUGUGGUUGGAGCACAACCUUUCUAUCAUUGACUUGUUCGGCGAUGGCUUUACCCUUCUGCAAUUCGGAGAUAAAUCCGUGUCCUUUGAAGGGCUCAAAGAAGCUGCAGGUAAAAUCGGGUUUCCCUUGCAAGUCAAUUUCAUCGAGUCGGAGAAAGCCGCUGAGCUGUAUGAGCGGAAACUUGUGUUGGUUCGACCUGAUGGAAUGGUGGCUUGGAGGGGCGAUAAGCUGCCAGAGGAUGUUAAAGAUCUUCUGGAUCGCGUUCGUGGCGUUUCUUAUUCUUAG